AUGGAAAUACUUCUCAUAUACCUGUUGUUCGUCAUUUCUGGAGUGUUAAUCAUGUGGUUUGUUAUGUACAACUGCCUCAAAAUAACGGAAAACAAAACCAGAAGCCUCGAAAGCAUUGUGGGCAGUGACGGUUUUCGCCAUAGAAUGCGUGUCAUCGUCCGUGGUGGUGGUGGUGGUGGAAGCCGCAGUGGCAGUGCCGUAGGUGUGGGUGGUAUCAACAGUAGUAGCGUUAUGCGUCCAACAACCAGUGCCUCCUGUGCAGGUGGCAACGGUGGACAUAAUAGUGGAGCUGGACGUGUCUGCGAAGGUGGUAGGACUGCUCAAACUAGCGGCGCUUAUGGUAGUAUUCAUGGCGGAGCCGAAGAUGCUUGUGGCCGAGGUGGCUAA